UUGACCAAAAAUCUGUCAGAAGAAUUGAAGGUAGUGACCGAUGCGAAAAAGUGUCACAAAUAUCCGGCAUUCAAGCGGGGACCUUAUGACGACCGAUACUUCCUUACUUCCGAUGAACGCAUCUUGGAGUACGACAUUGAUUCGGUUGUAUUCGAAGAAAACUCGCCUUAUCAGAAAGUCCAAAUCGUUCAUUCGAAGAGUCUGGGUAACCUUCUCAUUUUGGAUGAGCUACAGAACUUGUCCGAGCGAGAUUUGAUCUACACUGAAACACUGAUGCAACGUGGCAAGGUCGACUACAAGGGCAAAGAGGUGGUGAUUCUCGGAGGAGGGGAUGGUGCCCUGUUGUACGAAUUGCUCAAAGAAGAACCGGCCUUUGUUACCAUGAUGGAGCUGGAUGAAGUUGUUUUGAGAGCGUGUAGAGAACAUUUGAGGGGCUGUUGCGGCAACUGCCUGGAUCAGUUGAAAGGAGAUAGAUAUGAGAUAAUAGUGGAUGAUUGCGUGAAAUCGUUGGACAAGAUGAUAAAGGAGGGCAAGAAAGUGGACUUUGUGUUUGGUGACCUGACCGACAUCCCAGUGUCGACCACACCGCAGGGGGAGGCCUGGGACUUCAUCCGGCUCAUUCUCAACAAGGCAAUGCAAGUGCUCAAGCCCAAGGGCAUGUACAUGACUCAUGUAAGUU